AUGCUUAUCAACUUCGGUACAAGCCGAGCUAGGAGGAAGCUGAUUUCACUCUCAAUGGUUCUUGAGCCGUUUGGUUAUAGACUAGGCUAUUCUACAACCGGUAUUUUCCACCGCCUCAACUUCGACGGUGAAUCUGAUUUUCUAUCUCAUCUCUUCACCGUCUUCACUCGUUUUGUGCGUUUUCUGAUUGGCUCAUGUGAUUGUGUUUCGUGUAUUGUUCAUGAGCUGAGGUGGAGCGGAUCUAUCAACUCAGUUGAAUGCUUUGAAGGUGGAGGUGGAGCUUGCUCUUCUUCGAAUUUUCCACAAGAACACUUCAGAUAG